CUCGACCAUAACCGUGAGGUAGCAAAAAUGGACUGCUUUAGCGGCACGGAAACUGCCUCCAAACCCGUUCUCCAUGUCGAAGCACGUGUCAAGACCAAUGGCGACGGCUUCAUCAUCCGUACAGAUCUGGUGAGGGAUGAGGUCACGCAGUGGCUUGCCGAAAACUUCGUGGUUCUUUCACUGGGACAAGAGAUCACCGCAUUUGAGAACUUCCGGGGACCACACAGGCAGUUUAUGGAUUGUGUCCUCGUGACGGACUGCGCAGGAGGAAAUACAGAAUCAGGGGCAUAUUGGCUUCACCAAGUGGAACUCGAUGUACAGGCAUACCAACUAUACACGCCCUACGAGCAAGAAAGUUCCCAAACGACGGACGAUUUCAUCAAUACCAGUGAGGAUACAUCAAUGGCGAAAGUCGUGACACUGCCAUGCAAGGAGCUGGACGGGCUUUGGGAGUCGCUGCACUUUGACGAGCCAAUCCAGACUACAAUCAUCCGCGCAAUAACCAGGAUGGUGUCUUUCUCAUCCCAAAAGCUCGACCAAUGGACCAUUAGCUGGAACAGGUUAAUUCUUCUAUGGGGGCCUCCGGGCACCGGAAAAACAAGCUUCUGUCGGGGUCUCGCCCAAAAGCUGGCAAUCCGGCUCGGAAAGCAAUACCCUCGGAGCAAACUGGUUGAGUUAAAUGCGCACUCCCUCGGCAGUAAAUUCUUCGGGGAAAGUGGCAAGAUCGUGAGUAAGACAUUCGAAGGCAUUGAGCUCCUGCUGGAGGCAGAAGAGGAUACGUUCGUCUAUGUCUUUGUGGAUGAGGUAGAGACGCUGGCAGCUCGGAGAGAACGGGCGCUGGCCUGCAACGAGCCCUUCGAUGCAGUUCGCGCCGUCAAUGCCUUGCUCACGGGGCUUGAUAGACUCAAAAAGUAUGACAAUGUGAUUGUGAUCUGCACCAGCAAUUUGGUUACUGCUCUAGACCAAGCAUUUCUGGACCGAGUCGACAUCAAACAGUUUAUUCCACACCUGUCCAGUCGCACCAUUUAUGGGAUUUACAAAGAGUGCCUGCAGGAGCUGAGUCGCCGGGGGAUCAUCAAGGGGAUGUCGUUUGACGUGAUCCAAGAGAGUCCCGGGGAUCCUUUCACGGCUCUACAAUAUGUGGAGCGGCCCGCGGAGAGUCUCGCCCUACCGGCCUUUGACGAAAUGCUCCUCCAUUACCAAAUCUUUGUGGAUGCAAUUCCCAAGCAGAUGGCCGACGCCGCCGCCGAGAGUGUGGGCCUCAGCGGCCGGAUCAUCCGGCGUCUCCCUGCAUUAUCCUUGGUGAUGUACAGCCCAGGCAGUGCUGGAUGUGGGAUUCGAGCGGCCCUUCAGGCGCUGCGGAUGGGCAUUGCGUCGGAAAGGCAGGCCAAGGCGGAAGCGCAGUGAGAGCCACACAGGAGACGGCAGCGAACGGAAGAGACGGGGGCUGGGACGAGCGCCACAACGGCCGACGGGAGGAGGGACUGAGGGAGGAGCGGUGGUGGAGACAUGGAUUGCAGGUCGUACGGAGUCGGUCGGGCGAAGAUGGACUCGUUGGAGCAGCCCGGAGAUGUGCGUAGGCUGGAGGAGUCGCGGGUCGACAUCAGCGAUCGGAGGCGAUCGAAAAUUGUUGUUCCGAAAAGUCGCGGGUUUGACCGAAGACAGUUAGAGCCGCGUGGCGGGCCAAUCAGCGCGAGGGUUUAGGCAAUUCCAAACCAAGAGAAACUUGACCGUUCG